AUGUUGUUCAACCGGGGAUCAACUCUCCUGGCCGCCGUGUUCUCGGCCGGUCUCACUACGGCCUUUGAGAACCCAGUGAGAGAACCCGCCCCCGAUCCAUCACUCGUAUUUGCGGGCGGCAAUUAUCACCUCACGUUCACUUCGUACAACAGAAUCACCAUUGUCCGCUCCGACAAACUGAGCGGCCUCCCCAAUGGCGAGCAAAAGACAAUCUGGACGGACACAAACACCACCCGCAGUGCCAACAUGUGGGCACCUGAGCUUCACCAGAUUGACGGCGUCUGGUACAUGUUCUACUCCAGCUGCGACGCCAGCCUCUCGUGCUGUGACAGCUGCUCCACGCGCGUUCUGCGAGGCUGCGACGCCCCUGGCCCCUACGAUUGCGAAUUCCAGCAUCUCGCUGACUUGAUUCCUCCCGAGGGAUCAAGGGGAGGGCUCGACAAUAACUUCGCGUUCAGCAUCGACGGCACGUUUCUCGAGGUCCCCGGUUUCGGCAGAUACCAUGUUCUGAGCAUCAGAGAUAAUGAGUUCAACCAGGCUCUGGCCAUCACCCAGCUUGACACGGAUAGCUGGACAGUCGGCGCGUGGCACGUUAUUUCCAUCCCGGACCAGCCUUGGGAGAGAAACAUCACCGGAGCCAACCCCCCUCCUUCUGACGAUUUGGUCGGCGUUAAUGAAGCACCCCACCCCCUGUACCACGGUGAUGACAUCUGGUUGUGCUACUCCGCUUCCAACUGCGCCACGCCCAACUACUCAUUGGGCCUCCUCCACUGGAACGGCGGCGAUCCCCUCCUCAAGAGCUCCUGGGACAAGACAGGGCAGGUCUUCUCUCAGGCCAAUGGGCUCUACGGCACCGGCCACAACUCCUUCUUUACCUCCCCAGACGGAACCGAGAUUUGGAACGCCUUCCACGCUACAAGAAACUCAGCUGGCUCAUGUGGCGGAGACAGAUUCACGUCUGCUCAGAUCGUCACGUUUGAUGAGAACAACACUCCUAACUUUGGGGUUCCACAGCCCUUGGGAGAAAUCUUGACACCUCCGAGCGGGGAGGCGAACUAA